GGGUAUCGGGGCAUCGCAGGCUCUAGUCCCCACCCCUCGCCCCCACUUCUCACUGGGCUGUGGUCGACAGGACAGAGGCCACAGGGACAGUGUGCUGGGGAUAGUGAGAGAGCUGUGGUCCGGGUGGUAAAAGCGGGUACAGGGGAUUUUCUCAGGUUGGCCCUCCUCCAAGUUCCCUCUGUUGAGGGCAAGAUAGAAGGAGAACAAAAGUUUAAAACACGAGGUUAGCAACCUUUGAAGGUAAUCACCGAAGCAGUAAAACCUGAUCCCCACCAAGAAGCAUGCCAGUGUUUCCAGGAAGUUGUCAUCAAGGCCAAGCCCGAGGGUGGUUCAGCCAGGCUCAGAGUUUCACUGCAAAAGAUGCUGAACCCCCAGGAUCGAACCUUCCUCUUUGACUUUACAUUCUUCUUGCCUUUUAUCAAAAGAGGGAGGAUUCCGGACUUUUGCAGGACCAAGGAUGCUGUGCUCUUCCCUGAACUGGUCAGAAUCUAGCUCCUUGGAAGCCCUGCUGUAUGCCUUGCCGAGGCUGAACCAACAGGUGUGACCUUUGCUCUUGCUUCUCCUGGAAGAUGAAGUGCGUGUUGGUGGCCACUGAGGGCGCGGAGGUGCUCUUCUACUGGACAGACGAGGAGUUUGAGGAGAACCUCAGGCUGAAGUUCAGACAGUCGGAGAAUGAGGAAGAGGAGCUCCCUGCCCUGGAGGACCAGCUCAGCACCCUGCUGGCCCCGAUCAUCAUCUCCUCCAUGACGAUGCUGGAGAAGCUCUCAGACACAUACACCAGCUUCUCCACAGAAAAUGACAACCACCUCUGCGUCCUGCAUCUGUUUGGAGAGUGCCUGUUCAUCGCCAUCAAUGGAGAUCACAGUGAGAGCGAGGGGGACCUCCGGAGGAAGCUGUGCGUGCUCAAGUACCUGUUCGAGGUGCACUUCGGGCUGGUGACCGUGGACGGCCAGCUCAUCCGGAAGGAGCUUCGUCCCCCUGACCUGGAACAGCGUGCCCGGGUGUGGAAGCACUUUCAGAGGCUGCUGGGGACCUACAGCCACCUGCGGGAACAGGAGCAGAGCUUCGCUGUGGAGGCAGUGGAGCGGCUGAUUCACCCCCAGCUCUGUGAACUGAGCAUCGAGACGCUCGAGCGACACGUGGUUCAGGCCGUCAACUCCAGCCCUGAGCGGGACAAUGAGGAGGCCCAGCACGCCUUCCUGCUUGUGCACUGCAAACUACUGGCUUUCUACUCCAGCCACGGUGCAAGCACCCUGCGCCCGGCAGAUCUCCUGGCACUUAUCCUUCUGGUUCAGGACCUCCAGCCCACCCAAGGCACCGCAGAGGAGGACGAGAACGAGAACGACAGCUCUCAGCCUUUCCCUCAAAGGAGACCCCUGAGCAGCCAGAACAUCCCAAUGCAGCAGGCUAGGAGCCAGAGCACCUCGGGCCCCACCAGGAAUUCUGAGGAGACGGACACAGACAGCAUCUCCCUCCCUGAGGAGUACUUCACGCCUGCUCCUUCGCCAGGCGAGCAGAGCUCAGUUCUGCUCCCAUUUGUGACAGGUAGCAUCCUCUGGCUGGAUGGUGGCACCCCACCCACCGAAGUUCUUCCGAUGGCCGAGGACACCCUGCAGGGGCUGGCGCCACACUCCCCAGAACCUUCCAGCCCCAGAAGGAUCUUCCUGGAUGCCAAUGUGAAAGAAAGCUACUGUCCCUUAGUGCCCCACACCAUGUACUACCUGCCCCUGUGGCCGGGCAUCAACAUGGUGCUGCUGACCAAGAGUUCCAACACAUGGCUGGCCCUGGUCCUAUACCAACUGCUGGACGGUUUCUCCCUCCUGGAGAAAAAGCUGAAGGAGGGUCAGGAGCCUGGAAGUGCCCUGCGGUCCCAGCCCUUUGUUGGAGACUUACGCCAGAAGAUGGACAAGUUUAUCAAGAAUCGGGUUGGACAAAAGAUUCAGAGCUCCUGGCUGGAGUUUAAGACCAAGGCCUUCUCUAGAAGUGAAGCAGGAUCAUCCUGGGAGCUGCUCCAGGCCUGUGGAAGGCUGAAGAGACAGCUGUGUGCCAUCUACCAGCUCAGCUUCCUGGACACUGCCCCCAGCAGGGGAGGCCCUCACCUGCCCCAGCACCUGCAGGAGCAAGCCCAGAAACUCAUGAGGGAGCGGCUUCUGGACUGGAAGGAUUUCCUGUUGGUGAAGAGCCAGAGGAACGUCACCCUGGUGUCCUACCUGGAGGACUUCCCAGGCCUGGUCCACUUCAUCUAUGUGGACCGUACCACUGGGCAGAUGGUGGCCCCUUCUCUCAGCAGCAGCAAGAAGAUGUCUUCCGAGUUGGGCAAGGGGCCCCUGGCUGCCUUCGUCAAAGCCAAGGUCUGGGCUCUGGUGCGGCUGGCACGCAGGUACCUGCAGAAGGGCUGCACCACGCUGCUGUUCCAGGAAGGGGACUUCCGCUGCUCCUACUUCCUGUGGUUCGAGAAUGACAUGGGCUACAAACUGCAGAUGAUGGAGGUGCCUGUCCUCUCGGAUGACUCAGUCCCCAUUGGAGUGCUGGGAGGUGACUACUACAGGAAACUCCUGCGCUACUACAGCAAGAGCCGCCCCUCGGAACCCGUCCGCUGCUAUGAGCUACUGACCUUGCACCUGUCCGUCAUCCCCACUGACCUGCUGGUGCAGCAGGCCAGCCAGCUAGCCCGGCGCCUGGGGGAGGCCUCCCGGGUGACCCUGCCCUAGGCGGAGGGUGCUGUCCUCUGCCUGAUCUCCAGCCAACCUUGCUUGCAGGCAUUCCCCACAGCUAGGCCUCCUCCCGCCAUCCCCAGCAGCCCUGGGUCUCUCACAGGCCACCGCUGACUCCUCCACAUGGGCUAAUGAGCAAGCCUUCUCUGAAGGGAAGGGGAUGCCAUGCUUCUGUGGGCCUCCAGCACUGUGAGGUCCGAGAUGGCAGCAGCUUCCCUGGAGAGCUGCCUCUCUGGGUGCCCAGGAGAGCAGAAAGGAGUCUUUAGUAUUCAGGCUGUGUGACAUCGCCCUCUUCCUACCAUUCUGAAUGGGGUAGCUGCUUCUUACUGCUGGCCAGCAUUCCAGCCAAGCUACCUCCCCCUCCAACUCUGGGAGAAUCCUGUUUCUUCAUGUUUGAACCGGUAAUGCCUACCUCUCAGGGUGGUCAGGAGAAAACAGUAGGUGCUCAAUAAAUGUUGGUUCUUGUCAUUAUCCAA